GCCAAAUACAACUGCUUUCUGGAAGAGACUGCUGCAGCAGGACUAGUUUCAUAGCACAUAUUAUUAUAUAUAUACACGAAAAUCAUUUGGACUGUGAACUCCAUCAUCAUACAUCCUUGUAGAAGCUAAGAUUCGUCGAUUUGUAUGGCUAAAGUACAUCCUAGAACAUCGACGACCAGUAGUUCUUGUCAUGAGAAUUCAUCAUCAGAACGGGAAGUAUUCACCGUUUGGAUGAAAUCCCUGGUGGUUGGUAGCAACGGCUGCACCGUCUUCAAUUCUAAAGGUGAAAUUGUUUUCCGGGUUGAUAACUACCAAACAAGGUGCAGCAGUGAAGUCUUGCUCAUGGACUACAAUGGUCGAGUGCUUUUCUCCAUAAAAAGAAAGAAAUUACUGAUAUUCAGAAGUUGGGAAGGCUACAGAUGGACGAAUUCUGAGUUUGAUGAGGAGGAGGGAGAGUGGUUUAAGGUAAAGAGAAAGUGCAAAUUCUUUCGCAGAGGCAUAAGUAGUUGCCAUGUUAUCCUAGGAUGUAAUAAGACUAGAGGACGCCGCUGCUACACGGUUCUAGGAUUGGAAGGAAAACCAACCAUCAAGAUCACAGACUGUACAGGCCGAGUUUUAGCAGAGGUGAUGCAAAAACAGUCUUUUGGUGGAGUUUCUCUGGGAGAUGAUGUGCUCUCUCUAAUGGUGGAACCCCAGAUAGAUCAAUCCCUGAUUAUGGCUCUAGUGAUAGUUUAUGCUAUGAUCAACCAUAAACUGUAAAUACUCACUACAUCAUGAAAUAGAUCAUGUAUGAUUCCAUGCACCAGAUGCAGAGCAAUUUUGUGGAGAAGUGGAACUGAAUCUCAUUUUUCUUGUUCUAUAGCCGAUUUUUCAAGAACGAUC